AUGCACCUUUCAUUUAAUCUGCUUAUCAUUUCAAUGUUGGUACAAAUAUCUUGCAGUCAGUUCACCUCUGAAACAUAUCCUGAUCCACGAAUUGAUCCAUUCAACUGCAAAAUCCCAACCACUGGGCCGGUAUGUGAUCCAAGUGAAUUACUUACAUUCAACGAGAAAGAAGCGCUUUCCAACCGAAUCAAACAGCUUAUGGCGUAUGCAGCAACAAUUCCAAACUCAUCACCGACAUGUCAGUUAUUUCCCGGGAGAAGUUUAGAUAUUAUGGUUGGAGUAGUGGAUAAGAUUGGUUUACUACCGAGUGCUCCAGCUGAUAUCGAAAAAUUCGCCAACAAUCUCAAAAUUCGAUAUCAACGUUAUCAAGAUGUGGAUUUAUGCGAUUUAAUGGUAUUGAUUGUAAAUUCAAAUAGUGAUCGACAGGUAUUUACGGUGGUUGGUAAGGAUACGAAAUUAACGAAAAAUGUUCUCAGAAAUGCAUUUGAACAGAACAUUAAUCAUUUCAGGACCAAUAAUUUUGCAAUCGGCCUUCAAGGCAUGGCUGAGUAUAUCACUAGAUCUUAUCGUGAUGCGCAAUUAUCUCAAUCUGGUACUUCAUCAUCAGCAUUUCUGCCAGUUUUCAUAUCUCCUGAAGAGGAAACAAUUGACAAUUUGGAUAUAUUAAUUCCAGUUACACUUUCUAUUUUUCAUUUCAGACAUUCCAGACUUGGCGGUGAAAAUGAAAUUGGUGAAGAAAACCUCAUCGUUCCAGUAGAAGAUAAAAGCGAUCAGCUUUGGAUUGAUAUUUUAACACAGGCAAUGGUACGAUGUGGCAAUAAUCACGAUAAGAUGGCCAAAUAUGCGCAAGCAGUUGCUGAAGAGGCAAUGUCACUGUCAAUACGUCUUAUAUCCGACAAACGUUAUUUGACAAUUGAGGAAAGGAUGCAGUCGAUGCAGAAUGAUCCAGAAACUCGAUCGCGAGUAUGGAGUGAAGCUAAGGCAGAAUUCAUCGAUCAGCUCUAUCAGAAAUAUUUUACAACAAUUAGAAGCAAAGCUAAUUUGAGGUGUCCUACUCCAGAAGCUACUCGCACAUUCUCUGUUCUACAUUAA